UUAUAAUUAAUUUCGAGAGACUAGUUAUUUUGACGUCAUAAUGUUCAACUGAGAUCUCAGUUGCAUGGUAUUUAAUAAAUUUAAAUGUCAUAAUUAUCAAAGCAUGAGUUGCUGCGAAGACAGUGAAAGAGAAAAGAUCGUAAUCGAGUCAAGGAACGUUUUGAACUUUUUGAUGGAAAGAAUAAGAAGAAGUGCCACUGAUAUUGACUCUGGAAUUGACAAUGAAUAUGACGAUAUAUCUAGGUGCUUGAAGAUAAGCAGUAACAAUUCAUCGAAACCUAUAUUGCAAAAGUACAGAUCCACCUUCUUAAAAAAGGCGAAAUCAAUCCAAAAAUCUCCCUCUCUUGCAUCACUAUAUUGGAAAAGAUGGCGAAGGAGAUUUGUUAAAAAAUCGAUUUUAUGUCUCAUGGGACAGAAACGCAAUAAAGAUGCAACGUUGUUUAAUUCUUGCAAAAGUUCAAAGAGGAAGUAUGUGAGACGGAAUCCGAACCGAAGAGUUGAAAAUCACGAUUACUCUCGGGAGCGUCGACGCACACAUCGUGCGUGCAGAGGAGGUCGGGGUAAACGAAAGAGAAAAUCUAAUGAAGUAACUGAUUUUCUGAAGAACUCAAAUCAGUGGGAUGCCGUUAGGGUUCUCAACGAGAAGUCGCGGCGGAAUAAAAUAGAUUUUAGUGCCAAAGGAAAGAAUACGAAAGAGAAAAUGGCCUUGGAAAGUUCCACAAGGAAACAGACAAACAGGAUAUCUAAAUACGAAAUAAAGUCCGAAUAUGGUCAAUGGGAUGAACAUGAAAAUAAGCGUACCAAAGACAACUCGAGUGCAAGACGAAAGUACGCAAAUCCCGAGGUGCCAAGUGAAUUUUCUAUCAAAAUGAAAUAUUCUGCUUUAACUAAGCUUGAGCAGGAGCGCCAUAGGACGGAUGUGAAUCAAAUGAAAAACAUUCGAUGUAAAAAAGAAAGUGUUAGAAACAGAAACCCAGAGGAAUUUGAAACAAAACGUCAGGGUGCAAACAGACAACAACUGACAAAAUCAAAUCCCACUGAUGCAAAUACGGAGAACGAAAGUUAUCUUCAUGAUAUAUUCGUUUCAACAGGAGCAAUAUUUGAUCCAAGUGUAACAGACAUUGACACAUCACCGGCAACCGUUUGCAGAAAUAUGGAAGAUCUCGACACAUUCAUACGGCGGAAAGUUGAUUUGCAGAAUUUCAUAAAAGACCACCAGCAGCAGAAGGCAUAUUUUAAAUGGAGCGCAGAAAAAUGUGCAGGAAUCGAAAGUAAAAAACGAUGGCGUCUACUGAGACUGCAGAAAAGGCUUCAAAAGAUUAAUGAAAAAAUUUGUUCAAUAGAUGUAGAGCUUUGCCAAGAGACUAUUUUAUCUAAUGUGCCAAAAAUAGUAACGUUAUGAAAAUUUA